GUUCGUGACACUCAACGCGGGACAAGGAUUAUCUAUUCUUGGUGUGAGCAUUUAUCAAUGACACUCAAUGAGUAUCAAAAGAUUGAUACCUCUCCCAAAGAGGAGGAAAGCUGAUCAUUGAAAUACGUCCUCCGCCUCAAGGAUUUGAUUCUGGUAUUUCAUGAUUCUCCAUCACCGCGACCCAGAAUGGGUAGCACGUGCUCAGGGAUUCGUCGAAUAAGGAUUCGACCAGGAGAGGUUGAGCAUGUAGCACCACCACCUUACGAGCCAGGAAGGAGGACAAUUGUAAGCUCCGAUCAAUUGCACAAAGACGAUGCGCCAGAACUUUCAGCUCACCCAGCAUUGAGGGACCAGCUCGUGCUAAGCCAUGAAUCAACUACAUCACAGUCCCGAAUUACUCCACCACACCUAUCGGCAUCGACUUUUGUCUCAUCAGAUGUUCCGAUUCCACCACAAGCCCAUAUCGGUUCAAGGCCACCAGCUGCAAAUAACAAUUUAGCACCUGUUCUAGUUGUAGUAUCAUCCAUUCCAGACGACGAAACGAGCAUAACAGCUGCCACAACCCCAUUAUGGCGAUGGAAAAAUUCCCAAUGUCAAGCUUGGAUUGCAGCGGUCCUCAGCGAAUACUCUGGCAAGUCGACCGAAGUAGCAAAAGAACUCGCAGCAGGAUUCAAGGGCUGGGGGCCAAACUUGUACAUGAAGGAAUGGAAGCAAUGGAAUUCAUGGCUGGGACAAGAUGGCCAAGCGAUCUUCGCCCUCUUGAUGGAGGUUCAUGGGCAGGAGGGUGCAGUACCGGUUACAGUUGAGAUAGCGCACUACGCAGUGGAAGAUAGAAAGCGGGCUGAGCGAGAGAAGGAUUCAAAAACCGAGCGUUUGGCAAAGGUUCGGGAAGCGCAGAGCAGGAGAAGUAGAAGGGACUGACACCGGACUGUCAGAUAUGCAUGCCGGCACUCCACCUCGGUUACAGUACGGAC